AUGCCUGGAGCUAACAGGACUUCUCUCGAUGUGGGUAGCUUCCAUUGGCUCAUGAACAUUCGCCCAGGCUAUAAUGUUUUUCGUUCGAAGAACCUUUGUAGGAUUGAACCUUAUUUUCCUUGCCGUUUUGCGCGACAAUUUGGUUACGAUCAACUGUACGUCGGGAAUCCCAACAGAUGGUUGAUAACCUGCGGGAGCCUCAUUAAUGGAGUACGAGCCUGGUUCUGGAAUGUUGCUGGCUGUACCGGAGCUCAAUUUAGUCUGCCUGUUGCUGAACCUGAACUCCACAUGACCUUUGUUUAUUGCUGGUGGAUUUUAGCCGCCAACACUCCUCUUGCGAAGAAGAAGCUUUCCGAGCUAGAAUCCGAGGCUGUGGUUCGGAGAAUUGUAUCUAGAAAAGGAAAGGAACCUGCUACAUCUUCCCGCAAAGGAAAACGGGCAGCUGAUUCCGAAGAGAGCGACGAUUUCGAGACAUCCAGUGAAGAGGAUGAGAGUAGAGAUGAAGCAGAGGCUGAUGUCCCUCUGUCUCCCGUGGCUCAUAGGACUCGUCGAGCUUCUUCGCCCAAAUCACCCAGUGCUCCUUCAAAGGGUAUUCGAAUGAUGGAGAAAAAUAUUCCCUUAUCGUCUUCUAACAAGAUGACAGUCAGAUGGUCUGCGCUUGAAGAGGAAGAAGAAGAAGAAGAAGAAGAAGAUGCCACCCCGCUUGUUAACAGAAAGAGAUCCCGAUCUUCUGCCUCUUCUGAAGUUCAACGCAGCCCUGUUCGAGGGUCUGAAUUGCGUUCCAAGUUUCGCCAUGAGAGCUCCGAAGUUCCUCGAGAUUCUCGUGCUUCGAAAAGGGUUAAGAAGAUGGCUCAUCGACAACGUCAACUCCCCUCGUUGCCUGAAGAAGAGUUUACUCAGGAUCUUCCGAUUGAUCAAGGGGCUGAGCUAGAAGAGGAAGGGGAAAUCGUGCCCGAGCCUUCUUCUCCGGGUUUAAUGGAUGUUGAUGAGUCCAGCUUCACUCAACAGGUGCAAAAAGCGAUGAGUGAAGAACCCCUCAAUGUGGACACUGCCCCUCCUCCGGCCACUACAUCGACCUCACCAAUUGCCGACACAGUUAAACUAAAGGAGGUGAGUGCGGAUAGUAGCGCUACUGACCCCGCAAUUGUUAUUGAAGACCUUCCUAUCAACGAACCGAAAGACAUAGAACUUACCCAUGAUAUGGGUAUCGGAGAUUUCGAUGAGCGAGACUUCGAUCUUGACAUUUCUGAAGAUGUACACCAGGAGAUCUCCGAUAUACUAUCAACUCCGGUUCCAUCUGCUACUACAGGACCAACUACUCGAGUCGAUUCAGCUGAAGUAGAUGCAUCAAAAGACGUAGCACCAACCAAUGAAGUUGAUGCGUCUACCGUCAUUGGUGAAUGUGAUCAACCUGAAGGUCUGGGUUUCUUACUUUUGGCAAGUCCCCCAGCUGAAGUUGAACCACCAGCCACUGCUCCUUCGACUUCCGCUAUUGUCGAAGCUGAACCUGUUGUGCCUUCUGCUCCGACUCCAGUGGAUCAUGAAGUAGGAGGGUCGAAGGCUACAGUGGAAGAGCAACCUCCUGCUACUUCGGCUCAACUUGAACUUGUUCCUCGAGAUCUUGUCGCUCUGGAUCCGAAACCAUCGGGGGUUUCGGGUGAACAAUCGUCUGGUGUAGUGACUCAACCGACGAGCGUUAUUCCUGAACAAAUCCCGGUUGUUAUAGAAUCUGCUAUGACCUCAACAAGCCAAGCUCUUUCUUCAUCAUUGUCCGAACGUAUUCAGACUUUAUUGGCAGAUGAAGAUCCAAACCAAGUUGCCCUCUGCGUUGACGUCCAAAGCUUCGUUCUUUUCUUAAACGCCAUGGUUGAUCGAAUUCUUCUUAAAGGUUCACCAUUUGAACUUUUCAGGAAGUCUCUCGACCGCCAUGUAUCAGGAAUUAAAGAACAGGGGUGCACUGAAUUGUCUAACUCCAUUGAAGCCUAUUUGGUCGAUCUGAAACAUCACAUUGAACAGUUGCAGAACUUUCGAGCUAAUGGCGCACCUUCUUACAUCGCUUCUCAAACGGACCUGAGGCUACAGGCAUGGCGUGAUUCUCAGAAAUCCGUUGAAACUGAACUUCAAGUACUGAAAACUCGCAUCCAUCAACUCCAGGUGAGCGCUGCCAAGAAGGCACAAAUAAAGGUAGACAUGUAUCGUGACUUGGAGUCGCGUCGGGCAGAGAUAGCUCAUUUAGAAAAGCAACUUGCCGAAGCUAAGGAUGCUUGUGAAUUUUUGGAAUCUGAUCUAACGGAGGUAACUCAAGUUGAAGUGAUUACACUCCGGCAACUGAAUUUCCAGGACAAGAUUUUUGCUGACAAAGAGCAAGAAGCCGCCAAAAUCCGAAGCAUCGAUGAAAGGAAAUUUAAAGCAAAUCUGAUACCUGAGCUCGAGCUGGCUUUUGCGACAAGACUCUCCCAAUUAGAAGAUGAACUCCGCCAUUAUUGA